AUGACACGAACCAGGCAAACAGCAAUAAAAUCUACUGUAAAAAAUGGAAAUUUAAAUCACCAGCUGGCAUUGAAAAUUGCUGCAGCUGCGGCCCAUAAAAGGCUCACCCCAGUGGCACACGUAAAAGUUCCCAAACGUCAUAAGCCAGGAGUUAUUGCUCUGAGGGAGAUUAGACAGUAUCAAAAGAGCACAGAGCUUCUUAUCCGCAAGCUGCCUUUUCAACGACUGUGUAGAGAAAUUAUGCAAGAAUAUGAAUCAGAAUAUCGUAUUCAAACUUUAGCUUUGGAAGCUCUUCAAGAAGCUUGUGAGGCAUAUAUUAUUGGUCUCUUUGAAGACACCAAUUUAUGUGCAAUCCAUGGCCGUAGAGUUACAAUAAUGCCGCAUGACAUCAAACUUGCCAAACGUAUUCGUGGAGAAUAA